AUGACUGAGACAAUGGACGUGGACGAUCCAGAGCCUCAAGUUGCUACUGAAGUAGUUAGGCCUGUAUUGAGCGCUAGAAGGCCGCCUGAAGAUGAGAUUACACCGCCAGACCAGUCGAACCAUGUUAUAUCAAAUAUUGUCAUGGGAGUUAGUACGUUGGUCAACGUAGCUUCAACUGCUACGACAAUUGGUUUCGAAAUCGCUAAGUGGUCUACUCGUUUUGGUCUAAUGGCCUCUAGGACGGUUGUGAACGGAAUUGGCGAAAUCACAGGACUCACACCGAUAUCUACUAUUGUGUCUGGGUCUCUCGACGUUGCUGAAUUCUUUGCCAUAGCUGGAAUCACUACUGGACAAACUGUAACUAGUGUUUCGUUGCGAGCAGCUAGUGAUUCUCUUUCUACGAUUGAUACUUUGUUUGGAAGUGGUGAAACAGGCAAAGCUGUGGCCGAAUUUGCUAGAUUAGUGAAGCGUGAAAUGGGUAGAGAUGAUGGAAUGGGAACGCCCAUCAAUGACCUCAACAUAUUCGAGAUUUUAAAGUCACUUACAACGUGGGUUAGUUUGCAAUAUCUGACGCGUCAAGUUUGGGAAGAAACGGCAAUAAGUGGAUGCAAACAGAUAUUUGCUAGUCCAAUUAUCGAAGAGCUCAUGGACGAAGAUGAAGAAUACCAAGAUGCAGCCGACACCCACGACAACGCCAACGCCAAUGGUAAUAGUGAUCGCAAUCUGCCGAAUAAUGAUGACGUUGUGCUGGUCGCUUCAGAAGGAGACGUCAGUCAGGGUAUAGUGGGUGAUAUAAAAGACGCAGGCUCAGAACCGAAAUCAUCCUGGACAAUCCCAACAGAAAACAAUUCCUUCAACCUCCAAUUACUAUUAAAAGACAUCAAACGAGCAUCACGGUAUUCUAUAGGAACAUAUGGCACCACGAUUGUAAACUUCCUUGUAGAUGGUGUCCUGCCAGUACCAUCAAUACCAUGGGAGUCGUGGCUCCGAAACGAGCAAACCACACAAUCUUGGUUACGAAACGAGCAAAUCAGUAACCAAAUCCACCGAAAUCAUGACACGCUCGCCACCUUGGCAGAUGUCCCCGUAGCGUCUAUUAUCUCAUCUUCAUAUGAUAAUCGACAUGCUGUAAACUCUGGCCGAUAUCAUCCAACAUUCUAUGUUAUCGUCGACCAUCCUCAUAAACAGGUAGUACUAGCUCUACGAGGAACGUUGUCGAUACAUGAUUUGAUGGUUGAUUUGACGUGUGAUUUCGAGACUGUGAAGCUUCCAGCAGGUCAAGAAGCUAGAGUCCAUGGUGGAAUGUGGAAGGCUGCUAAAGCUCUCUCACAACCUCGAACUCGUGUAUAUGAAUCUAUAAAGAAGGCGCUGCAAGAGUUGCCUGGAUACUCUCUUCUGAUAACAGGUCAUUCGCUGGGAGCUUCACUUGGAGCAUUACUCACAAUGCAGUGGGGUGACGCCAAUACUGGCACGAUACAUGAGCUGUCUGGACUUCCUGUUGGUCGAACGAUACAAUGUUUUGCUUUUGCAUGUCCUCAGGUGGUCGAUAAAGCAACAAGCAAACUCCUACAAUCCAUAAUCCUCUCCGUCGUAAUAGACGACGACAUAAUCCCACGCCUCUCGCUCGGCUCAGUUCGAGAUCUCAAAAACGUCGUUAUCUGGAUGCACAACAACUCUGAUCUAACCGUCGGUCUGACUCGCCGAGCAAUCGCAAUAGCAACAUCUUCACACCCGGAAAUCCAACCGUCAGAAUCCCAAAUUGACGCUGGUCUACGCUACGAGAUUGAAAAUGCUUGCCUGAAUAACGAAAAGUUAUAUCCCGCUGGACGUGUGUUGUGGUUGAUGACAGGAAGGAUUUAUGAAGUGGUAGAUUUAGAAGCUGUGUUUGGGUGUCUUGUGUUUAGUAGUGGGUCUGCUGGGAAGCAUCUUCCUCAUGUGUAUGAACGGGCUAUAAGCUCAUUGUAA